GCGAACUAGUCGGCGGCUCGGGCGCGGGCGAGGAGCCGCUCGGCGGUGGGCAGUGUAACCUUGGGUGGGAGCGCGCGGCGCCUCAACAUGUCGUCCAGUGGCACCCUCAGCAACUACUACGUGGACUCGCUCAUAGGCCAUGAGGGCGACGAGGUGUUCGCCACGCGCUUUGGACCACCGGGGCCGGGGACACAGGGCCGGCCCGCAGGUGUGGCCGAUGGCUCUGCUGCCGCCGCCGAGUUCGCCUCGUGUAGUUUUGCCCCCAAAUCGUCCGUGUUCUCUGCCUCGUGGUCCGCGGUGGCCGCCCAACCCCCGGCGGCGGCGACGAUGAGCGGCCUGUACCACCCGUACGUGUCCCCGCCGCCCCUGGCCGCCGCCGAGCCGGGCCGCUACGUACGCUCCUGGAUGGAGCCGCUGCCCGGCUUCCCCGGUGGCGCGGGCGGUGGCGGUGGCGGUGGCAGUGGUGGCGGCGGUGGCGGAGGCCCGGGUCCCGUUCCCAGCCCCGGCGGCCCAGCCAACGGGCGCCACUACGGAAUUAAGCCUGAAACCGGAGCGGCUCCGGCCUCCGCUGCAGCCUCCACCUCCUCCUCCACCUCCUCGUCCUCCUCCUCCAAAAGGACUGAGUGCUCCGCGGCCCGCGAGUCCCAGGGGAGCGGCGGCCCAGAAUUCCCAUGCAACUCGUUCCUGCGGGACAAGGCGGCAGCAGCGGCGUCAGGGAACGGGCCCGGGGUGGGAAUCGGGACCGGGCCUGGGGCGGGAGGCUCGUCCGAGCCCUCUGCUUGCAGCGAUCACCCGAGCCCGGGCUGCCCGCUGAAGGAGGAGGAGAAGCAGCCGCCGCAGCCGCCGCAGCAGCAACUUGACCCAAACAACCCUGCAGCGAACUGGAUCCACGCUCGCUCCACCCGGAAAAAGCGCUGUCCCUACACCAAAUACCAGACGCUAGAGCUGGAGAAGGAAUUCCUCUUCAACAUGUACCUCACCCGGGACCGGCGCUACGAGGUGGCCAGGAUUCUGAACCUUACAGAGAGACAAGUCAAAAUCUGGUUCCAGAACCGUAGGAUGAAAAUGAAAAAGAUGAGCAAAGAGAAAUGUCCCAAAGGAGACUGACCCAGUGCGGGCCUGGCCUGCGGCUCUCAGAAAGCAGCGGGUUUUGGUUUUUGUUGUUGUUGUUUUCUUUGUGGGUGCUUGAUUCAGAAACUCUGCAGCAACUCGGACUUUCUUCUUUUUUAGGUAGAAGUGACUGUGUGGUUGGUCUCUGUGAGUUAUUUGGGGGGACACUGUAUUUGCUCGCAUAUGUAUUGGAGAAACCAAGUGGCUUUGAAGUCUUGUCCUCUCCCAUUCCCUCCCCUUCCCACUCCCUAGAUUCCUUAGGAAACGCUAUAUUUUGUGAGUGCACGCAGGCUUGAUGAAGCCCUAUCCUGUGUAAAUGUCCCUCAUGUUUCUGAAAAGUGCUGUAGUUUAGUCUCAUCCUAUCCAGCCUCCCAAACAGGGCCAACUAUCUAAUUCCGAGAAUCUAAAGGAAGAGAGUAACUGUGGAUACCCCUACUCCUGCUCUCCCAACCAAAACCCAGCUCAGCUGCUCACAGCAGGAAAACCCCUGUCCUUGGGGAGUCCGCGGACUGACUUCCAGAGAGGCCUACUGAGUAGCCCAGGGCCCUGGGGCACGAGGUUGGGAUGGGGUGGGCUGAGGCUUAGUCCUCAGUGCACCAGGGAAGCUACUUUCUCCCCGGGAGGGCUGGGCUCCCUUGGGCAGCCUCGGGAGGUGGCCCUCCAUAUUCUUG